UCUUAUUCUUUUAACAUAUUGUCCUCAUGCGUAAGCUUAUAAUCCUGAUUUUCUUUCACUUCUGCAAGAACAGAAUCACGGUUGCUGAAGGAACUCGCAUUAUGGGAGAAAGAGAUCAUGAACGAAAGUAACUCAGGAUUUUCAUUAUAUAAAUUUGCUGAGGUAAAUGAUGCUACGGAGAACUUCUCGAAAAGAGUAGGAGAAGGUGGAUUUGGUCCAGUCUUUCAGGGAAAGUUACCUAAUGGAGAACAGAUAGCUGUCAAAAGACUUAAGCUAAAUUCUCUCCAAGGUCUAGUCGAGUUCAAGAAUGAAAUUAGGCUGAUAGCUAAGCUUCAGCAUAUAAAUCUAGUGAGGCUUCUUGGGUGUUGUAUUGAAGGCAAUGAAAGGAUGCUCGUAUAUGAGUACAUGCCCGAGAGAAGCUUGGACUCAUUCAUUAUUGGUAUAGAUAUUCGCGCAAAAUUCAGUUGGCAUGUUCGUGCCCGCAUAAUAGAAGGGAUAGCUCAAGGACUUCUCUAUAUUCAUGAACAAUCACAUUUAUGUGUUGUCCACAGAGACUUGAAACCCAGUAACAUUCUUUUGGACAGUGAAAUGAACCCAAAGAUAUCUGAUUUUGGGAUUGCAAGAAUAUGUCCUUCCAACAUAGUAGAAUCCAAUACCACGACUGUGGUUGGCACAAUUGGUUACAUGGCACCAGAAUAUUUCUCCCAGAAAAUUUAUUCCACGAAAUCAGACAUUUUUAGCUUUGGAAUAUUGCUGCUGGAGAUCAUAAGCGGAAAGGUAGCUUUUGGGUCCUACAAAAUCAAUGGAAGAUCAUAUGAUCUCAGGAGAUAUGUGAGUAAACAUCUAACAUCUUCAACGGGUUUUUUAACUCUUGAUUGAUUAGAACGGUAAUGCUUCCUAUCACCCGUAAAUAAAAUUUACUUUCAGGCUUGGCUACUAUGGAGAGAUGAAAAAUGCAAAGAGCUCAUCGAUCCAUCAUUGCGUGAGGAGUACCAAAAGGUGGAGAUGAUUAGGUGCACACAAAUUGCACUUUUGUGUGUUCAAGAAAGUGCAGACGACCGACCAACAAUGCGUGAAAUUAACAUGAUGUUACACAAUGGUAACAUAAUAUUACCUAUGCCUACGCAACCAGGAUAUUUCGACAUAAGUCCGAGUAUCAUGGAUUCAUCAUCACCAACAGACAUGGUGAGUAGUAAUUAAUGUGUCAGGGGCUGAGGAUAGCUAUAGUUUUGUAAAUAUAACUUUGAGUGUGUUCCGGUGAUGUUGGUUUUGGACAUUCUAUGGAUUCAAAUUGCAAAGGGUGAAUGUAUACUUCACCAUAGGGUGAAUCUUCUUUGCAUUCCAUUGUACGACUCUUAGAAUAUCAGAAGGUGGUGACUAGGACUAUAACAUCUAUGAAAUGGUUUUAUUGUGGGAUGGAAACAUGCACUAAUAGAAAAAGGGUCAUCUGUCCCGGUUGGUAAGGGCCUUUUG